GAAACCCUGUGAAGUCUAAACUAAUUAACAUAUAGAUUUUGAAUAUCAUUACACUAUAUUCAAGAUGUUACGAAGAGGAACUGAGAGCAAGAAACCCAUCAAGGAGAAGAUACUUCUUUUAUAUGACAUGAUUUUCAAGCCUGGUAAUGAUGAUUUAACCUCGGAAAAUCCAAACUUUUGGGAUGAAUUUUUUUUGUUGAAGGUUCAUCCUGAGUAUAUAGAGAAAAAGUUUGAGGUUCUUUCUCCAAAGGAUGUAUUACAACUAAAGAACAGGCUUAAUUCUAUGUUUGAUAAAUGUUUGGAAUAUAUUCAAUGUGAUCAACCUGUAAGAGUUAUUAAUGCAUUACAGACAUUAUCAUCUUUAUUUCGUGGAAUAUUUGCUUGUGAGUUGGGUGACCAUGGCUUCGAUCGUAUUGAUAUUCUCAUUGGCUUCGAUAUGGCAGAAACUAGCAUGCAUGUUUUACUGCGAUGCCUCACUGCUGGCCUCCUCACUGAUCAUUAUAAUACUACAAUCAAAUCUGUUAUUUUACAAUUAUUGCUCGUGAUUGCUACUGGCAUGGAAAACAUAAGCCAGAACACUUUUGUCGAAUACUUGAUGGCAAAUGAAAGCCUUUAUGACACUUUGGUUGAGCUGCUUGCUGAUCCAGUCGCUCGAUCGAGACUCGGUAAUGAUACAGUUUUGCUGCUUGCACUCUUGGUAAAUUAUAGAAAAUAUGAGGGCGUGAACCCAUUCAUAAUGAAGCUUUCUGUGUUGGAUAAUGAACUGGCAUUAAAUUGCCUUGGAUCUGUCAUAUCUUCAGCUCUUGCCAGUUUCAAUAGACAAUUCAUAUCGAAGCAAGAAGAAACCAAGAGUACUGGAUUGUUUUCAACUAUAACAAAUAUGGUUGGAAGCAUGUUCAUAGGUGACUCUGAUGAGCAAAAACAAAUGAUUAAAACGAAUGAAGCCGUUCUUUUGGCUCUUUAUGAAGCAAUCCAUCUAAAUCGUAACUUUAUUUCGGUCUUAACACACUCCCAUGCAGAUUCUAUUAUUGGGACUCCUCCUAGAACGCCAGGAGGAACAGAUGAUGAAUCUGUGCCAAGUCUUCCUAAUACACCAACACCUGAAUCUGUGCAGGAAGUUUCUACAACAAGAAAUGUACUUUCUACAUUCUUGCAAUAUACAUCUAUCGUUAUGCAAGACACGAAACUGAAGCAAAAUGUCAGCAGCACAAAGUUGUGUUUUAUUGUUUUGACUUGUAUCACUGAAGACCAAUUUGCAAAUUCAUUUCUUCAUGAUGAUAAUAUGCCGUUUCAGGUUUUGAUUCACAGAAUGCCAAUGCGACAUAGGAAGCAAAAAUCUGGCCCAGAGAAGGGAGGUGCUCCUUUGGCAUGUUGGUUGCUCGAUUUGACUGUCGAAUUUAUAGUCAGUCACAUGAUGAAAGAUUUUCCUUUCAGACAGCACAUGAGGUGCCUGGGAGUUAUACAUAGAUUGAUGUGUUAUGAAAAGAAAUGUCAAAUCAGACUUAUGUACAACUGGCGGGAAUUGUGGACCGCUCUGAUCAACCUUUUAAAGUUCCUUUUGGCGAAUGAAAGUACCAUGGUUAACAAUUGGAAAAAGGGUAUAUUCGCUUUGUUUACUCAAAUUGUUAACAUCUUUAAUAUGUUUAUCACAUUCGGUGAUACAUUUUUGCCAACUCCCACAAGUUAUGAUGAACUGUACUAUGAAAUAAUUCGAAUGCAUCAGGUUUUUGAUAAUCUUCAGGCAUUUGUGAUACGGUACAGCAACAAUCUUGAAUACAAAGACAUUGUUCCUAGACUAGCGAGUGCCAUGGUAAACCUUCAAGCCAUUAUUCGACAUUUUACACCAAGAAUCGACAAGUGGACAAAGGAUAAUAAUUUGACUUCAUUGACGGAAGAGGAAGUCCUGGAAGUUGUGAGAAAUAAUUACGACAAUUUAACCUUGAAGCUACAGGAUAGUCUUGACCAUUUUGAAAGAUAUUCAGAAAGACCAAAAGAGACUCAUUUCUUUACCGAGCUGGUACGCUCAAUAACAGAACAAUAUAAAAAGAAUGUCACUUUUGCAAAUAUAAACUUGCAAGAUUUUAUGCAUUUAGCGUAAAAUUGUUCUGAGCGUAAUGGGUCUUACCUGUUUACCUUACCUGUUUUCUUAUAAAUUUCCCUUAUUCCAUGCUUGUUUACUUAAAUAAUAGUUGCAAAGUACUAUCUAACUUUUAUCGAAUGAUCUUGCUUAGUUCUUCUCUUAUUUGUUUGUUGACUUGAAUUACUAUAUACUGUAUGUAGACUGGAGUGUAAUUUUAUAUUUAUCAAAGCAAUACAAAAACUAGAUUAUAUAGAAGCAAUA